AAUAUUGCGGGAAGGUUUGUGAGGGGUCCGCGGUACCAGCCAACGCAACGCUUAAUGUGUUGAAUAAUUCGUUUCAGUAGGAAACAAGGUGCCUGCUCAAGCUGGUGCGUUGUGCCCUUCUGGACGAUUUUCCGAGAGGUUAUACUUUUUUGGUAGAUCCCGAUGCAAAGGCAAUGGGCACAACAAGCCUGUGAACAUGGCUAAUGAAUCCAGUGCUCAAGAGAGUUACUAGAAUGACUUCUUGUAAAGGUCUCCGUGCGUGGCGACGCGGGCCGCUGGGCCGUCUGCUGCUGGCUGUGCGCGACGGCGCCAUGCUCCGGCGCUGGGUGUAUUACGCCUGCCUGGCGGCCGCCGUCGCCCUCUGCUACCAUAAUGCGCUGCAGUGCGACUUCGUAUUCGAUGAUGUCAGCGCGGUCAAGGACAACCGCGACCUGCGGCCUCACACGCCGCUGACCAACCUGCUCUACAACGACUUCUGGGGCACACCCAUGGAAAAGGAACAGUCACACAAGUCGUACCGGCCGCUGUGCGUGCUGACCUUCCGCUGGAACUACUACCUGCACCAGCUGCAGCCAAUGGGCUACCACCUGGUCAACGUGGCUCUGCACGCACUUGUCUGCGUCCUCUUCUUCAGGGUGUGCGUCAUGUUCCUGCCGGAGCUGGGUAGCUUCCUGGCGGCGCUGUUGUUCGCCGUGCACCCUAUCCACACGGAAGCGGUGACGGGCGUAGUGGGCCGAGCCGAGCUGCUGUCGUCCGUGUUCUUCCUGGCCGCCUUCCUGGCGUACGCUCGUUCGGUGCGGCUGCAUCAGAUCACAGACUGGCGGUGGAUGGCGGCGACCAUCUUGUGCAUCACGGCCGCCAUGUUGUGCAAGGAGCAGGGCAUCACUGUCGUCGGCGUCUGUGCCGUUUACGAGAUAUUUGUUGUGAGGAAGCUGCGGCUGAGCAGCCUGACUCCGGUGCUGCACAGUCUGUUGCGAGGCAAGUCGGCUCCUCCGGCGUGGCUCUUCCCCACUGCCCGCCGGCUGGCCGCACUGGGCUUGACCACUCUCUGCCUGCUCGUGGCCCGGGUCAGGAUCAUGGGCGCCCAGCUGCCGGUGUUCACAAGGUUCGACAACCCGGCCUCCGUGGCCGACUCGGUCACCCGAUGGCUGACAUACCACUAUUUGCUGGCCCUGAACGCGGGCCUCCUGCUGCUACCUGGUCCGCUCUGCUGCGACUGGACCAUGGGCACCGUGCCGCUGCUGACGUCUGUCGGCGACCCGCGCAACCUGGCCACGCUGGCCACGUACGCAGCGCUGGCGCUGCUGGCAGGCCGCGCGCUCAGCGUCGCCGACCGUGUCUCGGAUGUGGUCAUCAUGGGUGUGGCGCUGGUGGCGCUGCCGUUCCUGCCGGCUUCGAACCUCUUCUUCCCGGUUGGCUUCGUGGUGGCGGAGCGCGUGCUGUACAUGCCGUCCAUGGGCCUCUCCGUGCUGGUGGCCGCCGGCUGCGCCCGUCUGGCCGCCGCCCGGUCGGCUCGGGCCGCCGUCUGCUGCGGGCUGGCUCUGCUCCUCCUCUCACACGGUCUGAAGACCUACCGGCGCAACUGGGACUGGUCCACCGAACACAGCAUCUUCAUGGCCGGCCUCCAGGUCAACCGCAAUAAUGCCAAGCUCUACAACAACGUGGGCCACGCGCUCGAGAGCCGCCAGCAGUUCGAGCAGGCGCUCGUCUUCUUCCAGCAUGCCGUUCGGGUGCAGGGCGACGACAUCGGCGCCCACAUCAACGUCGGCAGGACCUACACCAGUCUGCAGAUGUACGACGAGGCCGAGCAGGCGUACCGCACGGCCAAGGCGCUGCUGCCACGCGCACGACCCGGCCAGGUGUACCAGGCGCGCAUCGCGCCCAACCACCUGAACGUGUUCCUCAACCUGGCCAACCUGCUUGCCCGCCACCGGAGCCGGCUGGAGGAGGCGGACGCCCUCUACCGGCAGGCCAUCAGCAUGCGCGCCGACUAUACGCAGGCCUACAUCAACCGGGGCGACGUGCUCAUCAAGCUGAACCGCACCAAGGAGGCGCAGCGGGUGUACGAGACGGCACUCAGCUACGACAGCCGCAACCCAGACAUCUACUACAACCUGGGCGUGGUCUGCCUUGAGCAAGGUGACCAGGAGCAAGCGCAGGCUUACCUGGACAAGGCGUUGGAGUGCGACCCGGACCAUCAGCAGGCGCUGCUCAACUCGGCCGUCAUGAUCCAGGAGGGUGGCUCGCGCGAGCGACGCCCGCUGGCUUACGAGCGUCUGCACCGGCUGAUUGAGCUCGGGCCGUCCUCGGUCGGCCUGGACCGGGUCUACUUCAACCUGGGCAUGCUCGCCAUGGACGACGAGGAACUGGGCCGCGCCGAGGCCUGGCUCAAGAAGGCAGUGGAGGUGCGGCCCGACUUCCGGAGCGCGCUCUUCAACCUGGCGCUGCUGCUAAGUGACGCUGGCCGGCCGCUAGAGGCCGUGCCGUUCCUCACGCGCCUGGUGCACCACCACCCGGACCACGUCAAGGCGCUCAUCCUGCUCGGCGACAUCUACAUCAACAACAUCCAAGACUUGGCCGAGGCCGAGAAGUGUUACGAGCAGAUCCUGCGCGUCGAGCCGAAGCACGUGCAGGGACUGCACAAUCUGUGUGUGGUGUACGUCAAGCGGGAGGAACUGGAGCGCGCCGAGGCGUGCCUGCUGCGCGCCGCCCGGCUCGCGCCUCGCGAGGACUACAUCCAGCGCCACCUGAAGAUCGUGCGCGCGCGCCGUCAGGCGGCCGCCGCCAAGAGCCGGGCAGAGCUGGCACCGUAGCGGAGCUUGAGGCCCCAGCCGGAACACGAUACAGCUGUUAUCAAAGCGAUACUCAGGUGAUGGUCGGCGUGGCCCCUACAGGAUCCGGCAGUGGUCGGCGCCCCUUGACAACGCUACGGACUCCAGCAGUGGUCGGCGCCCCCUGGCGACGUGGCGGCUCUGGCAGUGGUCGGCGGCCCCUGGCGACGUGGCGGUUUUGGCAGUGGUCGGCGCCCCCUGGCGACGUGGCGGACUCCGGCGGUGGUCGGUGUUCCCUGGCAACGCGGUGGGCUCCGGCAGUGGUCGGUGUCCCCUGGCGACGCCUAGCAUGAGCGACGCUGGGCUGGGUGUGACGUCAGGCCGGCCCGGCAGCGGUGAAGGCGAGCGCAUAGGUGUCGGCUCCUUCGUCAAGAGUGCUGUGGUAAUGUGGUGAUGCGUGCGUUAGGCUUAUUAAUGAGCGUUUGUACGAGACGAUUUAUCAUGGGUGUGGUUUUUGUGAUUCUGUUCCGUGCAGAUCACUACGAUACUGCGAUCUGUGGAUUACACACUCUCUCUGCGUGGGAUAUAUGACGUUGAACGAACUAGGCAUGCUAUUCGGUCCAAGAUGCCCAGUAUUUUUCAUGGAUUAUUGUCCAAGCAGCACGUGAGAGUGUCCGAUCGACGCGUCCUAAGUCCGUCACGUUUCCUUCGUCGCAUGUAAUUCCCGUGGCUGUACCUCAUAUCACGACUCACUACGUCGUGUGCUCAUGAACAGGGUAUCACAGCUAUUAGCGCCGCGUGUUCGCCCGCGCCGCUAUGGCCGAUUCAGGUUCAGGUGUGCUGCAUCGCCGCCGCGUGCCUCUCCACCCCGUGUGGCGUCCAUUGUGGCAGCUGCGUGACUAGCCGGCCGUCUGGAGCGCCAGGCCGCCGGGGCCUCAGCAAGCCGUUUAGGCGGGGGCGAGCGGGGACUCGGCUGCCAGCAGCUCGAGCCGGGAUGAUAGAGGCUUGGGCCGUUCCGUGCUGCCGCGCGGAGAGCUGUGGGCCGGCCGUCUCUAGCGCUUCUGUUGUUGCUGGGUGCUUUCGCAUACGGAGAUGUGUCAGUGCCUACCAAUGGCUGAUGGAAGCUUACCAGAUCCGAAGGCCGAUUGUCUGUGAUAAAAAAAUAAAUAUU